GUGUGACAUCAGAAUUCUGCUCUGUUCAGCAACCAGACUCGGUUCCGUGUUUGAAAUGUGUUUCCAAACCGCGCACGGAAGCGGCAAAAUUACGUUUAGCGCUCCUAAGAAGCGGAUUCUCAGCGCUCUGCUCAUAAAACAGAAGACCUGCAGGCCUCUGUGAGUUAAUCCUGAUACUGUUCAGGUGUAAACAUUGUGCUCCAUCCCUGUGUUUGAACUCGGAAGAUGCUCCUUGAUGCCACAGAUAUGUGAUGAUUUAGCUUGUUUCUUUAUUUUACUCCAGAAUAAGAGAUUAAAUUAUUACAAAAGCAGUUCAGUGUAGUUAAAUUAGUCAUUCCAAUGAUUCUAACACGCUGCAGUGUGUGUGUGUGUGUGUGUGUGUGUGUGUGUGUGUGUGUGUGUGUGUGUGUGUGUGUGUGUGUGUGUGUGUGUGUGUGUGUGUGUGUGUGUGUGUGUAGGACUGCAUAAGACAGCAUGGCUUCAUCAAAUCCAUGCAUCCUAUAUCUUGGCUGAAGUAAUGGCUCAGGAAAAUAACUUGUAUUUAAUAAACAAUGAUGUCUCUGCAGUGUUUAUGAUAAUGUUUUAUCUUAUCUUGGACCUAUUUUUGGUCUGGGAGGUGUAACUUAUCAUGAUACAAGCUUUUAAAACAUGUUAAAGUGUUACAAGAGGAGAUAAAUGCAUGAAUUUGAAGUUCAUGUUUGGAGACCAACCUUCACAGUUUGGAGGCUCACGCCGGUGAGGAGACACCAUUAGUUCUAGUAACACCUGGGCUCCCACGGCCUGUUCUGACAGGAUGGACGUUACGGGACCCUUAAGGAUUCCAGUUGGAUGAUUGGAGGAUUAUUUAGUAGGACUGGAAUGAACAAACUGAUUUCAGUGGUGAAGGCUCGGCAUUAAAAUUGUAGAAAUGCAAAAUAACUACACUUUAUUAUCUAUAUAAACAUGUACUGGGUCCAGUUUUUUAUUUUAUUAAGGACUUUUGUCAUAAAUCAUUACAGAAAAUCCAAAUUCUCUCCUCCAGACAGUGAAGAACUGUGUUUCGCAUAUGUCACUCCAGCACGUAAAACAAGCUAGCUGCUGAUGCUAAUAUUGUGAAUCACUGUUAUUUGUUUACUUUGAUGCUCCUAAUUAUUACAUAAAAUUGCGUUUACAACUGCAGCAAAAGGUCUGAGCCAUGUGUCUGUGUCCUACACGCAUUUUUAAAUAACAGGUCUGAUCUAAAAUAAUAACUUACAUCUAUAAAUCCAUCUAGAACUGCACCGCUACUUCUGGACUCCAGACGAGUCCCGUUAGCAUGACUGCAGCAAUACUAACCGUGUUCGCUCCGGUAAGGAAAGAACAAGUUCUUUGGGAAAGCUACGACACACACACGCACGUACGCACGCACGCACACACACACACACACACACACACACACACAUACACACACACACACACACACACACACACACACACACACACACACACACACUUACACACACACAGAGAUAGAAUCUAAAAGAUGAUGUCUAUAUUUCAACAUUAGAACCUCCAUUACAUCCUGGAUUAGUGCAAACAACGAAUUGAGCUAAGGAGUUACUCCAACAUCAGGAAGAUUUAUUCUGGUAAAUUGUAGGUUCAUUAUUUUCCAGAGUUAUGUCAAUAAAUACACACAGCAGUAAAACUGUAGAUUACUGAACUAUAUUGGGACACAUGAUGGAGCUAAGACCAGCUGAAAACUUGUCAGCUUAGAGCUCCCAGUGGAGCACAGAAAUGAAAUAUUUAAGAAAAGUAAACAAACUGUACCGAUUUUGGUUCUGAAGAUGAACAGAACCCUCCUCUAUGUCCAAAUCAGGUAGCAGGUCUUCUGAGUCAAACGGUCUAAAACAUGUCUGUACCUUUGGUAGUGAUAUCCAGCUGGCGGGGUCGAAGUUCGGUUGAACUUCUCCAGUAAUCUAACAUCCGUUCUCGUCGCCGUAUCCCAGAGAAAAAAAACAAAUCUGAUGGACUAGUAGAGGCUUCAGAAGCUACAUCUGAUUGAUGACACAUUGUUCUCUGUUAUAACGCUAACGAAGAAACAGCGGAGUCAGGCGUUGUUUACUACAGCUGUUUCAGCAGAGCUCCAUGUGAAACGUCAACUGCUGCCCAGGGCUUAGACCGGAAGUUGGUUUCUGUUUUUCCUGAGCCAGUCACAAACAUCAGAUUUUCUUACAAUUCCAGCCGUCAAAAUCCAAAACCCUUUUUCAUCUGAGAUUUUAAUACACAUUUACACAUGCUGUUCAAACAAAUUUUGCCUCUGGCCGAUAUCUAUAAAUGAGUGAGUGAACCCACUACCAAAGAUGAACUCUGCUAACUUUAAAAAUCAGCUGCUCUAAAUAAGCAUUCAGGGAAAAGUCAUGGGCCUGUGACUAUAACCUAAUUUAUGUUACUAGUUUGCAGUGUAACUGCCUUUGUGAUGCCUCAAAAGGCAUUUAUGUCAUUUAUAUUGUAUGUUUCAUUUAAAGUUAUCCAUUUAUAUGCUUUUAAGUUACAAAGAACAGUGAAGAGGUUAAAAAUGUUAAAUGGGAAGAUUUUAUUUUGAAGGUGAACUUAUUAAUGACCUCACUUCCUGCUGGGUUACAUGCAUUGGUUGAUUUCCUGUUUACUUCCUCUUCUUGGCUGCUCUGAGAGUGAGAGUGUCAUGCGGUCAUGCUCUGAGGCUUAUCCACAGCCAUCCACUUGGGAAUAUUGUUCAGGCAACGCCUUUUCACCGCUUGUCAAAUGAAGGUUCUAAGAGUAAAAAGUCAACUCUACUCUGACUCCUGUAUUGUUUGACAAAGGUUUAGCUUGGUGUUUACUCAGAGUUGCUACACUCUGCAACAGGACACUACAGUGAAAAGGCGCACUCAAUGUUUCUACGUGGUCGAGAUGGCAGCCAGCAACAAGUCAUCGGUAUCAAAUACCAGGAGCAACGUGACAUCAGCAUCAUCAGUGAGUGCAGCCCGUGCCAGAGCUAAAGCAGAAGCUGCUAAGGUACGAGCAUCGUAUGCUAGUCAGGAGGCUAAAUUAAAGCUGGAAAAGGUUGCUAGAGAAGCAGAACGGCUAACUAGAGAAGCUCAAAAUCAGUUGGAAGCCACUAGAAUUGAUACAGAGCUGGAAGUGCUGACAUUAAAUCGUGAAGCAGACGCAGCUGUCGCUGAAGCACAAGUGUUGGAAGAUGUAGCAGAAAUGCAUGGAAAUGUGGAAAAUGUGAAAUCCGAGUCAGAAGAGAGGCUUAGAUUGCAACGCAUCAGUGACUAUGUUCACUCUCAAGAUCACAACCAGUCUCCCUUUGAACCGGUAUCUGUCCAACCUGAAUCGCAAAACAGUUUCAGAACAUGGCUUCCACCUGCAAGCUUAGCAGAAUUCCAGUAUAGCAAGAGCAAGCCUAAUCCUGAAAUGGGUGAUGGGACACAUCCACCUUCAAAAAACCUGUCUAAACUGACCAGAGCUGAGUCAAAGACUGAAAUCGAAAGGACAGACCCUCGCACAUAUACAGGUGCUCAGUCACAAACACCCAGGAAAAUGCUUCCAGUGAACGUGUCACAACCACCAGACCCGCUGGCACAGUAUAUGGCGCGACGUGAUCUUGUUGCCUCAGGACUGUACCAAUUUGACGAUAAGCCAGAGAAUUAUCAUGCAUGGCGGUCCUCAUUCAUUAAUGCUGUGGCUGAAGUUCAACUUACAGAAACACAAGAAUUAGACCUCAUGACCAAAUGGUUAGGGAAAGAGUCUGGCCAACAAAUAAGGUGCAUACGUUCAGUGUACGUGAACAAUGCAAGUUUGUCUCUCCACAAGGCAUGGGAGAGGUUGAAUGACUGCUAUGGUGCCCCUGAGAUAAUUGAGCAGUCAUUGUUCCAGAGACUCGACAGUUUUCCUAAAAUUAGGGCCAAGGAUCACGUCAGAUUACGUGAACUUGGAGAUUUGCUCACGGAGAUACAAGGCGCCAAGGAGGAUGGAUUUCUCACCGGGCUGACGUAUCUAGACACCUCAAGAGGUAUUGGACCCAUAGUAGACAAGCUUCCAUAUGGGCUCCAAGAGAAGUGGGUGUCAUCUGGGUCGGAUUUCAAAGAGGAGAACAACGGUCGCUUCCCUCCAUUUAGUUACUUUUGUGACUUUGUGUGUCAUGAGGCAAAGAAACGAAAUGACCCUAGCUUUAUUCGGCAAGGCAACGAUGCAAACUCCACGAAACCCGAAAGAUUACCAGUAAAGAGCUUUAACACCACCAAGUCUAUCACAGUCCACAAAACAGAUGUUUCUACAUUCAACAACGACCCUAGUCAGAACUGCCCGUUGCACAAUAAACCUCAUCCGCUUAAAAAAUGUAGGACAUUUAGAAACAAGCCCAUUGAGGAUAGGAAGGCCUUUCUAAAACAGAAAGGAGUAUGCUUCAAGUGUUGUUCUUCAACUUCACAUGUUGCUAAAGACUGCAACUCUUCCGUGAAAUGCUUAGUUUGUGAAAGUAUCCAUCAUGAUACAGCCAUGCACCCUGGCUCACAACCUCAAUUUACUAAAGCUCCUCCACCGCCACAAGAGAACGGCGGGGAGAGAGAAGAUCAUUCUGGUGUGGCCGAUGUUACAACCAGCUGUACAGAGGUUUGUGGCCCUGGCCAGUGGGGUCGUUCUUGUUCUAAGAUCUGCCUUGCAAAGGUCUACCCCAAACGUUCAAAACAGAAAGCAAUUAAAGCUUAUGUAAUCCUGGAUGACCAGAGCAAUCGCUCUUUAGCCAGGCCAGAGUUCUUUGAGCUGUUUGGUGUUGAGAACAAACCACUCUUAUACCAUCUCAGAACAUGCUCCGGCAUCAUCGAAACUUACGGCAGGAAGGCAGAAGGGUUCCAGAUAGAGUCAUUGGAUUGCAAAGUUCUCAUACCUCUUCCAGCACUCCUCGAGUGUUCUGAAAUCCCAACACCAGGUGCAGCUUUGCAUCAGCCACAUCUCCACCAUAUAGCCAAGUACAUUCCCGAUAUGGACCCAGAAGCAGAGAUACUCCUGCUCCUCGUAUGA